GGUGGCGGGGCCGAGAUGGGAAGAAGGGAUGUUGGCAGCAGAGGGUGGUCUCUUCUUCGCCAAGUUUCUUCCUUCUUGGGUUGCGACUGAUUUUCCUGGCAGGGUUUCUGUUGGUCGAAUGUCAGGCUCCUGCCGACCAACCUGUGCUGCUCGCGCCCGGUCUGCGGGGUGGUUUGCAUCCCAACUUGGCACAUGACUAGAAAUGAUUGACUCUGUCAAAAUAAGGAGACAGUGCAGCUUGGAUUUUUACUCUCAUUAUGAGCACCUGUGUGCAGUUCAAGGCUGUAUACCUAUAGCAUCUAUGAAAACUGGGAUACGUCGUGGUGUUCUUGAUAUAAAUGCAGAUCGUGUCAAAGGUGCUGACUGGAUACCCCUUCUGAAUGCUAUCAGGCACAACAAGACUUUGACUUCUAUUGCCAUAAGGAGCUUCCACCAUCAAGGACCUGGAGACUCAGGUGUUGAACGACUGGGAACCCACAUAAGAAGACGAAUUCCAGCAAUACGAUCCAAAGAUCUGACUGGCCAACUAUGUAAAGCUAUUAAAAGUUGUCUGACCAUCUCCAGUACCUUAACAACUCUGGAACUACAAGGGUUGCUUUUGAGGGAAAGAGACUUAAUAUUACUGACAAAAGGGUUGGCUAGCACAUCAUCUUUAGAGAGCCUGUCUUUAGCACACUCACCAGUUGGUGAUGGAGGUUUGGAAAUAAUCUGUCAAAGUGUGAAGAAUUCAGCUUGUAUCAAAUCUAUAGACUUUACAGGGUGCAGUUUGACCUGGCGGGGUGCAGAACAUAUGGCCAACAUUUUAAAGCACCAGGCAAUGAAAAGACAUGGUGAAGCUUGGGCCGAAAGCUUGCGCUACAGGAGACCUGACUUAGAUUGCAUGGCUGGUUUGAGGCGCAUCACACUCAACUGCAACUCGCUUGUUGGUGACCAAGGUGCUGCUGUCUUAGCAGAAUGCCUUGGAGAAGACCUGUGGCUAAAAGCACUUGAUAUGCAGCAAUGUGGAAUUACCAAUGAGGGAGCAAAAUCAUUCUUGGAUGCUUUUAAGACUAAUACAACGCUAGUGGUGCUGGACAUCAGAAAAAAUCCAUUAGUAGAUCAUGCUUUAAUGAAGAAAAUAAUUGAAAAGGUUCUCAUGAAUGCAGAUGGAGCUAAACUGGAGUACAAGUGGCUUCCAUCUCCAUCUUCAAAGGACUUUAAAAAUAAACCCAAAAAAAGAACAGUUGUCUUAGGAAAUGGCCGGAAAGGAAAAGCUACAAUUCGUAUUGUAAUUUGGAGACACAGAGGACUUGCAUCAAAAAAGUCCAUAAGUCCUGGUAAGUCUUCAUGUGAUCAAGAUGGUUAUGCUCCAAAGCCAUUGCCCCCAGGGGCACGUGGCUUCCUGCCUUGGCGUACUGCAGAGCGUGCUAAACAGCACAGGGCUUCAUCUGCAAACAGAAUCCAUGAGUUGCCACUGCAAAUUCAGGCUGGUAUUCCUGUAAAAGUUACUGUAGAAAGUGCUUCUACAUCUGAAAAUGAAACAGACGGUGUCAUAGAUGAUAUUUGUGAAUCUGAUGUUGCAAAGUCUUCAGAAAUAAUUGAAUUAAAACAAUGCCAUCACUUACAGAUGGAUUAUGAAGAAUGUCAGUUAAGAUUAAAAGAAGAGCAAAAAGCAAGGGUUAAUGCUGAAGAACGAAUAAUGGAGCUGGAAGCAGAAAACACUCGAUUACGGAAUCUAAACUAUUCACUAUCAGAGAUUCUUCAAGCACAGUCAGUAGCCAGCACAAUUCUGGAAGAUGAAGGAGUUUUGGGUAGUAUUGAGAGCUCUUUCCAAAAGUUUCAUGCUUUUUUAGAUCUUCUUAAAGAUGCUGGACUUGGACAGCUUGCACAAAUGGCUGGUAUAGACCAAUCAGAUUUUGGCUUGUUGCGCCAUCCCCAAAUGACUUCUACUCUAAGUAAACCUGCUAUAACACAAAGGGAGAAAUCAUUUGAGGAAGAAAGACAAGAACACAUGCAGAAUCAUAAAAUUGCUGGAUCAGUUUCUCUUCCCAAUUUUGUCAGUUUCCAGUCUAACUUGACUCCAUUUCAAGUCUUGCCUGCUCAUAAUGCACUGUCUGCUGCAGGAGAAGUACAAGAACUUCAGGUCACUGUUCCAUUCCAGCAAAGUUUAUGGCAAGACAUUGAAAGUAAAAUUGAAAACUGGAGAAUGGAAGAAAAUGCAUCCAAAAACAGCCAGGCUGCAUCUUCUGAGAAGAGCAGCCAACCUGUGGAUUUGGAAGCAAAGGAGUUUUCUAUUAGAGAGCCAGCUAAUAGUCACCAUUCACAUUCUGAUCCCAGUGUAAAUCUGUAUAGUGGGAAUAGUAGCAAAUUCAGUGCCCGUGGUAGUGAAAAUAGUAAACUUUCUUCAAAAAGACUUCCCCAUUCUACAAGCUUUGCUGCUAGAGGAGAUACUGACCCUUCUAGAAAUGACACAAUGGGGUCAGAUUCUGAAAUACAAGAAAGCAUCCAUUCUAAGUCAACCCUGUGAGAACUUCUGUUUCUGGUGGUUAAAGAAUAGGUUUGCUGAGAAUCCAUUCAGUGCACGGAUCUCUGAGAGGAAAAUGUGAUUAUGCAACAACCUGCGUUCUUGGGAUCUCUGUGUCUGUGCACUUGCUAGGUAAAACUUAGCAAGAAUUUGCUGGCAGUAAGAAUUUGCUGGCAGUAUCCAAAACAGCUGAUUGUGCUUUGUAUGUUUUAUAUGGCUUUUAUAAAGGAUCUAAUCCAAAUUAUCCUCGUGCAAUUCUAAUGCAAGUAAAGGUUUUUUAAUAAAUCAGCUCUGAGUGAAUAAAAUAGACUGUGGGUGGCUUUUUA